CAUGAAUGYAGGAGGUACAAGUUUAUUGAUAUCAGAGGAUAUAACUGUACCAACUGUACUGCCGCGACCUAUAAUAAUGGWGUCGAUAACUGGCAUUUUCAUCUUGAUGUAACAUUUGACCAACMAUGCACCUUUAAGCCACCUAGUAAAUCCAAUGUUGACARCUUUGGCUAUUAUCWUACAGUUGAUGAUACGAAACCAAGUAACAAGUACGGGGUGUCAACAUGCACUGCAACCCCUGAAUCUACAACACAGUGGUGGUUAGGACAAGAGACUAACGACUAACAUGUCACGUAAGACACGUAAGACAGAAAGUACACCUCAAGAACCUCAGGUUAAAUUUCAUGUAUUUGGACACACAAGAAAAUAUAAGAAUACAUUGUUCCUACACAAUUACACAUUUGUAGUUUUGUCCAGUAAAGUAGGAAAAACACAGAAAAUUUACGUCUUGACCGAAAAGUUAUGACAACGAAACUUGGUAGGACUCAGCUCAGCAUCCAGUUGGUGUCUUAUUAAACUGCAAAAAAUCGAGACCUUUAUCUAUUCAAAGUUAACCUAAUCCAAAGACGUUUACUGCCAGAGUUACUCUUUUACUACUAAARAUUCACGAAAUAGCAAGAACACUCAAAAAAUCUUCAAUGUUGUAUUUGCACAUGGCGAGUUGUAGAUCAAAUCUCCCGCGCGUUCGGCGUUCAGCGAAGCGAUUCAAUAUUGAAUAUAAACAAUACUAAAUAUUUAACAGAACCGUUGACAUUAAGACCUCACCUUUGGUAGCUGGGACUAUAACAGCAUUGAAUUGGACAUGAUAUACAGCCCAAACUAUCAUUUGUGAACAGAAAUAUCUCCUAUCUUGUAUUCUCGGAUGAUCGUAAGCCGCCAUUUUUCUCCCACAAUGCAUUGUAGUGGUAAAACACAGGGAGUCCAAAACUAUGCAGAAACAUUCUUCAAAGUUGUGCGCUGUUUUCCGUUGAGGAAGAACAAUAAGACAAAACAAUACGAAAUAUGGAUAAAAAUGAAUAAACGCACCCCUGAAUAACUAUAAUUAUUAAGACUAUUGGCGAGAUAUUCAAAUAUAUGCUUGGAAAACUGGCAUAAUUUCAAUCAUGCCACCAGUCGACUAAAACAGCUCUGUUUGCCCGUAUUUGGAAGCUUGGUGGCUUGAAGCCAAAAUGAACUUCUUUUGACAUAUUGUACUACAUGAAGAACUUAAUAUUUUUCAUGUUUCUUCAGUUAAAGAAUUUUAAAAGGUCUGAAGAAGUUGAUCGCGUUGGGUUCCUUGCAAAACCGUGCGAUGCUAGCUGCAGCUUUUUUUGUUAACGUUUUUUGUGCAUUUCCAUMAAUAAUUAAUUGUGAAUUGAUGAAUUAUUAUAUGCAUUACGGGUGUUUUUGAGUUAGAAGAGUUUGACAGUUUCUGAACGAUAAUCACCUUUAAACUUCAACUUGAACAUCAAGUUCCAAAAAGCUAAAGGUUUCAACUUGAGUCGAUUGUCCAGAUUGCGUUUUUCAAAAUGCUCAAAGCAGCAUACACGAACAAGGCCAUGAACCUGGCAGAAGAUAUUGUCAGUCAACAACUUGCUGAGAAAUAUCAACGAAGCCUGAAAGCAGAAAUGAAUAAGAAAAAAAUUGGACCGCGAAUGAGAAAAGCUAUCCGAGAGCAAGCAUCCAUACUUAAUACAAAACCACAAUGGUGGAUAAACUUGAACAAGGGGUUGUUGGUUGAAUUCAUAAUCUUUCUAGUCUUGCAGGGUUUCAAUUUCUUCACGAAYUGYUGGGUUCUGGUGCCAGCUCUCACCGUUCUCAGCAGAAUGCGCUCUUACCAACAAGCACAGAAUGUCACUGUAUUGAAUUUUACAGCUCCAGGAAUAUGYGAAGAUUUAACGCUAUGGGACAAGGCUAAAAUUGACGAGGAAGUUACACAUUUUGAGGCUGUUGCAAUAGUCUACUGCCUCUUCAUGGCGUUAACUUCAAUACUUUUACUAACUCACACACUCUCUUGGCUUUAUACCCUGUAUUUGUCCAUGGAAAAGAAAGAAAUCGGCGAAAAGGGACGAAGUGUACUCAUCAAAAUGAAACUGGUGUUUCUUUUGGGWGCAAGCCUAUUGCAAGACAUCCCUCUCUCWACCCUAACMGCAGAAAUCUUCGCUGUCCAACAAGGAAAAGAGGGUAUUAUUUGCUGGCUGUGCAAAGUAGCUGGAGGCUGCGGUAACCAAAAGGAAUUGCAAAGUUAUCUCGACCAAAGCCAGAGUUUUCUUGUCCUCAACAUCGUCGCUAUUUCCGUGACUUCGUUAUGGAAAGGUAUUUCCAGUUUCUACCGAUGGAGCAGGAUACCSAACUUUGAGAUGUUUUUCAUUCGCGCUUGCACGUCCCUUUUCGUGGGGUUCUUAUUCAUCAUAGUGAUUCUUACCCCUGCGAUGUUGGUUUUGACCUAUCGAUAUUAUGAACCUAACGGAACAGGAGGUCUGAUAAAGGACCUUAUUGAUAGGAUUGUUAUCAUAGGGAUCAUAUUUUGGGUCAUGGUUUUGACCGUCAUGUUUUGUUGCCCACUUUUGAACAUGAUYAGGGUAGGCAAUAAAUAAGGCUCUGCCACCACUCUAGUCUAAAAAAGUCUUCAAAGUAGAGGAAUUUACAUCCUUUUAAGACUUUCUGCUAACAAAUUGAAUAACUUAAACUAGAAAGGUAAAAUUGUCACUUAAAGGCCCAGUUUGCACCAUUAUGCUUUGCGAGCCUUUGUUAUUGUUAUG